GCAACCCUCAAUUAAAACGACGGCGUCACACUGUUAAUGCUUUUUUAAUGUCUGCGCUUCUAGAACGGCUAGAUGAACAAUAUUUUUGCGUUAGUGCGCGACACAACAAAAUAAUUUAAUUAUUUGUUUAUAUGCUGUCCAAAAUCGCAAUAACCACCGCCGCUGCCUUACGUCUAACCGUCGUUGAUGUGCCAACAUGGCCCACAAGCGAGUAAAAACACAGGACAUGGCAAUAAAUUACAAAUUUUUGUGUCGCUGUUGCCUCAAAUCUGAGGCAGAAUUCUAUAAACUGGACUCACUCAUCGAGUGCGGCGGUGGCGAAAGUGACGCGUCUUCUACAAAAAUACCCCUACUACGUUUACUAUUAUUCUGCAUGCGUAUCGAAAAUCAGCCCGAGUUGCCACAAUAUAUAUGCGUGGAGUGCAGUAAAAGUUUGCAAAUUGCCUACUAUUUCAUUCAAAACGGCCUGCGAGCACAUGAAAUACUCUGUCGUAAAUUGUGUCCCGGGAAGCUGAAGAAUCCAACGCGUUUUAAUGGCCAACAGUCAGCGCAAUGGCUGGAGUUGAACGAGAGUGAGGAUGCGACGCAGUCCAGGCCCUGGGAGCAAAAGUCACAAAAGCCUGUUGUGCGACAUGAAUGUAAAGUAUGCGGUGCCAUUAUAUCCAAUCGUAUGGAGCUCAAGCAGCACAUACGUAUGCACGCAGAUCAAUCGAGCCAUCAGUGCAAAUUGUGCAGUUUUGUCACGCUCAAGCAUCGCCAGCUGCCGGAGCAUUACCGCAAAGUACACGGCCUGACGGCUGCCCAAAUCGAGCAUCAACUUAAGAUCCGAAGAUCCAUGCAGUCAGCUGUAAACGCAAUAAUAGCGCCGAAACAAAUACCAAUAGAUACACCAGCUGAGGAUGAGCAAGUGAAGGUUUGCACUCUGGAGGAUAUGGAACUGCUGAUACCCACUGUUUUGACACCAGAAGACUUUUCGCAUCCUCAACUUGAUGCGGAUCAGCUACGUGAUAUAGAGCAACAAUUGGCAAACUCGUUGCCAAUUAUACAGUCCACCAAUCAGACGGCCGAGCCAACGAUAGGGACUGCCAAUAGCGCCAAUGUCAGCAUCGGUGCCGAAUUUUUGGUCAUGCCCGAUGGCUCCCUACAGCAAGUGAAUGAUGGCGGUGUGGUAUUCGAAUACAUUGACGAUAGUAAAAACGCCAAUGCAACAAGUAAUGUAACAUUGCACAAUCUAUUUCAUGAUUCCAAGGACGAUUUAACAUAUAAUGAAAUGGAUAUCGAUUUAAGCCAUAUGGUUGUGGAUAAUGUGUUGCCACAGAUAACAGUCAAGCCAAAGCCGCGCCCAGCACCCGCAUCCACUGGUGCCCUGAAACAUAAAUGCAAACUGUGUCCCAAAGCAUUUCCCACGGUGGCACGUCUGAAAUCUCAUCAAUUAACGCAUAGUCAUUUACCUAAAUUCUAUUGCGAUCAGUGCUCCUUUUAUUCACUACGCAGCGCAGAUCUCAUUCAGCAUUAUACGACGGAGCACAAGUCCUGUGUUAACGAGAGUCGUUCGAAUCAUUUGGAUAGAUCACAAUUGAGUUUUCCGGCGGAUAGAAGUCGCAUUUAUUCCUGCGAUAUGUGUUUGUUCGAAGCACCCACCAGUGGACAAUUGCGUGUGCACUAUAGCGAUAAGCAUCUGAUAGUGCCCAGUGAGGUGCAACUGCGGCCUAGUUGGACGCAUGAGCCAAAGCAGAGGAAUACUGAUACAAUGCUAAGCAGUGGAAAUGCAUCCACUCAGCCCGAUAUUCCAUUGGGUAUCAAAUAUCCUCCCAUAACGUCAACGGCAACAACUGCUGCAACUUCAUCAACGACUGGGUUGGCGCAGCCACCCCUGGCAACAACAACAACAACCACGGUGGUAACGCCUAUGAAUGACAUUAAUGUGGUGGUGGAUACCACAUCAUUGUUCUAUGCAGCGACUGCAGAGCAGUUACCAAAUAAUAAUGCUACAACAGCGACAACUACAGAUUCAAACACAUUUUCAAUAUUUCCCGAGCAAUCUUUUGCCAACAGUUUAACAACACCAACAGCAACCCCGACCACAAUUUCAGUGGACACAAACGGUGUGGUAACAACCACAUCAUCGACAACAAAUCCAAACACGAGCAUAUUUGGGGACAUGCAGGAUUUUAUAGAUAAUACCGAUGUCGCUGCUAUUUGUACCAUACCCGCCGAUGAUAUGCCUGUCGUGGAUGGAGAUGAUAUUGUUAUUGAUAAUAAUAAUAUCAGUUUAGAUUUUGACGCGGAAAAUCUAUUUGAGGACUUUGAAGAUGUCGAGGUUGGCGAAGAGGAUGAAGAAGAUGAAGAAGAUGCUGAAAACGAGGAUGAAAAUGACAACAAUGAUGAGGCUGCCGAUCAAAAUCUGUUGCUUACCAGUGACGAUGACGACGUGGAUGACUUUGAUGAUGAGCAAUCAAAGCAUCUGCAGAAACCGUAUUGCAUCUAUUGUAAUAAAAAGUUCACCAGCCAAUAUAAGUUUGAGAAUCACAUGUUUGUACAUCGCGGUUUGGCGCCGUAUCGUUGUGAGCUGUGCACAAAUCUAUACAACAUGAAACGUCUGCUCAUUCGGCAUUAUAAGACGGUGCAUAAACGCAUGCCCACUAGGGACAUGGUGCAAGCCAAGGGCGAUAAGGUGUCUGUGGCCCGUACAACUAUUGAAAAGAUAAAUGUUUAUGUUGACAAAACUCCCACGCUAAUGUGUGCAAAAUGUCCAUUUGAAUGCGAGCUGGAGGGUGAAAUGCGCAAGCAUUUAAAUGCACAUCAUGGCAUCAACGAUGGUGGCUCUACGCAGGCAAACGAGGUGUUUAUCAUACGCAAACUGCCCUAUGACUGUCCACGCUGUAUUCGAUCUUUUGCGGCUAAACGUACGCUUACAAGACAUUUGCAACGUAGUCAUUUAGUGGAUACAAUUAUUGAGAUGCAGGCGCCUCAAUUGACAACUAGUUCAGCAUCCACCACGACCACAUCGACGGCUACAACCACAUUGCCACUGAAUGCCAGUGAUAGCAAUAAAACAACAACAACAGCAAUAUCCGGAGCAACAACUCAACUGGAUGCGAACAUAUUGGCUCAGCAUUUCGUUGACUCCGUCGAUGGUGAUGGCGGUGGUGAAGGCGAUGGCGAUGGCAAUGGAAAAUGCGACAAGGACACAGGAUGCACAACGGAAAAUGUAAGCACAGAUAUCCACCCAGAAGCACAACACGAGACAACCGAUUCAGCAACAACUGAAACUACGAAAGCAACAGCAAUAUCAAACACGGAAGCCACAGAAGCAAAAACACCAUCAAUAAGAACAACAACUGAAGAAGGACCGACAACGACAACAACAACAACCGUCGGCUCAACACUCUUUCCAACGCCCACGCCAUUUGACUUUGAUCUAGAUUUUAUGGGCAACGGUGAGCAUGCCACGACCCUUAAGAACAACGAUAGCUACAACAUUGUACCGAAUCCCAGUCAUUUAUUGAAUGGAACCGAUAAGCUAUUGACUGACGCGUUGGAACCAUCGCCAGUUAAAGAUCUUCGCGCUCGUCUGCCCCGUACCCCCAUAUUUGUGUGCAAGCAAUGCAAUCAAACUUUCGAUGAGCUCGGCAAGCUGGUGCAGCAUGAAUUGGAGCAACAUUCCAGCGGCGUUGUAUCACCGCGCAUCAGCUACCAGCAUCAAUGCAAGAUCUGUAAUACAACAUACCGUACCGUAACGCUACUUAACUAUCAUAUGAAACGACAUACGCCGGUAAAUGUUGUGUGCAAGCAGUGUCCCAAAGAGUUUGCAAACAUCUCUGAUCUGGAACAGCAUUUACUGUCAGAGCAUAGCGCCGGUUCACAGGCUCCGCUGAAAUGUGGCGUGGAUGGUUGCACAAAGACAUUUAACUACAAACAUCAUCUGAAACGGCAUCAGACAGCUUCCCACACGCCCGUGCAGUAUAUCUGUCCAGAAUGUGGAUGCGAUAUGCUUACUAGUCUGCAUCUCAGGAAUCAUAUGUCCAGCCACAAGAGCACACACUCUUAUAAGUGUCCUAAAUGUGUGCGUACGUAUAUGAGACGCAAUCCCUUUCGCAGACAUGCGCUUCGGGAGCACAAGUGGGAGCUGACCGAGCAGGAGAUAGAUAAAAUUUAUUGCUUUAAUGAUAUAUCGUCAUCAAGUAAAUUGCGUGGACGUAGAUCGUUGAAGGUUGAUAUCGAGCAAUCUGACUAGCCAACCAUCUGACGCAUCAAGUUGAGAAUACAUAUGAUCAGAAUUCAAUAAUUUAAUGGCAACCCACGCAGUUGUAACCUGUACAAAGAUAUUUGUAGUAUAAGCAUAUAGUGUCACACUCACCCGAACGCUUUAGCGUCUCCUUUAUUUUAGAGUUACACUUAUCACGGCAAUCAAGUAUGCUUAUUGAUAUAUAUGUAUAAAGUUAUAUAUAUAUCUAAUAAGGUAUGCAUAUCUAUAUAGUAGAACGUUGUUUGUUUAUACCUUUGUGAAAAGGUAUGAUUAUUAUGGUUACGUAGCGACAUCAUUAACAUAAUUUC